AUGAGCGUGGUCGAAGGAAAAGACAUGGAAGUCGCCCCUGAAAAAACCCGUGCGACGACCCCGGUCUCUGGCAAGGGAGUCUGGGUUGAAGCAGAGAAUGCAUCAACUGUAUCCAAUACCACUGGGGUUGUUAUAGAUGAGAAAACCAAUCAGCGGCUCCUCAAGCGCAUUGAUCGACGUGUUAUGCCAGUGUUGUGCUUUACGUAUGCGCUCCAAUUUUACGAUAAGGCUCUUCUCAGCCAAGCGGCCAUAUUUGGGCUUCGAAAGGACCUACAUUUGGAGAGUGGCUUGAGAUAUUCAUGGGCCUCUUUAAUCUUCUACUUUGGAUACAUAGUCGGCACAUAUCCCAUAUCCUUACUGGCCCAGAAAUAUCCAACCCGUAUCGUUAUUACUGCCAUCACACUGGCUUGGUCGGUCGUAGUCCUAGCGACACCAGCCUGCACGACAUACGAAGGUUUCCUCGCCAAUCGCUUUAUGCUCGGUCUUAUCGAAGCAGGUGUAUCUCCGAUAUUCAUGCUCGUCGUUGGUCUCUGGUAUAAACAUGAAGAACAAGUUUCCCGAUCCAGCUGGUGGUACUCCUUCAGCGGCGGUUCUCUCCUUGUAUCGCCACUCAUUAACUACGGUCUCGGACAUAUUACCGGUGGCUCUCUGCAACCGUGGCAGUAUAUGUACUUUAUUGCGGGAGGAGUCACCGCCUUUUGGGGGGUAGCACUUUGGUGGCUAUUUCCAGACACGCCGCAAUUCGCCAAAGGUUUCACUGAGGAAGAGCGAGUUCUCCUUCUAGAGCGUGUGCGUGGCAAUAAUGCCGGCGCGGAGAACAAAACUUUCAAGAAAGAUCAGAUGAUUGAAGCUCUCAAAGACUAUCAGCUCUGGGGUAUUUCUAUACUGUCCAUCUCUUCUUGCACUGCUUCGGGCGCCAUCACUGCAUUUGCCCCCAUUGUCUUCAACGGCAUGGGUUUCACGGUUUUUCAGUCCUUACUUCUCAAUCUACCUAUUGGCGCACUGGCAUUUAUAUGUAUCCUCGGUUCUGGCUACUUGGGGAGGCACAUUCCAAAUGCACGGUUUCAUAUCAUCUCGGUUGCAUGUCUGCCCGUCAUUCUAGGGUGCGCUUUGCUGUGGCAGCUCCCCUCAUCAAACCGGGCCGGGCGCAUCGUCGGAUAUUAUCUCAUUAAUUUCUUCUCGUCGGCUUGGACGCAGUGCAUCGGCCUUGGUACCUCUAACGUCGCUGGGCACACAAAAAAGGCUGUCUACGCCGCCGUCACAUUCAUUGCUUACUCCCUCGGUAACAUCAUUGGACCGUUGAUGUUUGAUGCUUCAUAUGCCCCGCGUUACGAUCGUAGCUUCAUCGGCAUUAUGAUCUGCUUCGUACUCUGUUUCAUCUGUUCAGAAUUACUCCGAUUGAUUUUAGUAAAGGAAAAUAAACGACGCGAUAUCAAAUACGGCACUCCUGAUAUUGCUCACGGAUUGGAGGACCUGACGGAUCGGCAGAACAAGUCCUUCAGAUAUCAUUUGUAA